GGGGGGACAUCAGCUGUUUGUGGUAAAAUUAAUUGCGAACAAUAAAAAAUGCUGCAUAAUGAUAAAGCUGACUGAAUGUGCGCCAGCGAUGCAAAAGUUAGCAACUGCCUGGUCCUGCUCCAGCUUUGGCUUAAGAGUGGGGCGCCAUGGCAACUGGAGAAGAGGACUAAAGAGCUGCCGAAUGCUGAGCUCUUCCACUGCCACAGCUUCGGCGGAUGCCACGGAGGAUCAAGUGCUGCGUAAACGAAAAUUCGCUCCCCAUCAGGCAGCCGACUUGAGUGAAAAUCUGGCUGGACAAUUGCCUGGGCAGGCACGGGUGGUCAUCUGUGGCGGAGGCAUCACUGGGGCCUCGGUGGCCUAUCAUUUGGGCCUGCAGGGUUGGGGCAAAGACACACUGCUGAUUGAGCAAGAUCGUGUGGGUGGCGAAUUGCCCUGGAGUGCCUGUGGACUUGCUGGACGCUUCGAGCCAAGUUAUACUGAGCUGAAGCUGGCUGAGUACUCGAUCGAUCUUAUCAAACAGCUGACAGAGCGUGGCUUACCCACCGGCUGGCGCCAGGUGGGCAGUUUGAAUCUGGCCAGAAAUUUCGAUCGCAUGACUGCGUUCAAUCGAAUGAAAUCUCAGGCUGUGGCCUGGGGCAUGAACUGUGAGAUCUUGAGUCCGGAACAAUGCAAGGAGCAUUGCCCAUUGAUAUCGCUGGAUGGCAUUGAAGGGGGACUGUGGAUACCGGAGGAUGGGGUAUGCGAUCCGCAUCUAGUUUGUCAUGCCUUCAUGGAAGAGGCGCGACGGCUUGGCGUUCGCGUUGUCGAGCACUGUGCCAUCAAGAAGAUUCACAGUUCGCGCGGUAAAGUGGACAGGGUGGAGACCACAGCGGGCGAUGUGAAUUGUGAGUAUUUCGUGAACUGCACCGGCUUCUGGGCCAGGGAGGUGGGCACUCUGUCGAAGCCGGUAGUCAAGGUUCCACUCAAGGCAGUGGAGCAUCACUAUCUUCAUACCAAGGCCAUUGAGAAUCUGGACCCGAAUACACCAUUUGUGCGUGACUUCGACAGCAGGAUAUUCUUUCGCGAAUGCGAGGGGCACAUCCUGGCUGGAGGCUUUGAGCGAGAGGCCAAAAUGGUUUACGAGGAUGGCGUCAUACCCCUUUCACAGGCCGCGCGCCAGCACCCGCCCGACUGGGAUCACUUUCACGAGUUGUUGGAUGCUCUGUUGCGCAGCGUUCCUCCCUUUAGGAAGGCCCAUUUGGAUAGGUUAACCAAUAGUCUGCAGGUGUUCUCACCCGAUUGCAAAUGGAUCUUGGGCGAGGCUCCCGAAAUACAAAAUUACUACGUGGCCGCUGGCAAUAAGACCAUGGGCGUCUCGGCCUCGGGGGGCAUUGGCCGUGUACUCACCGAUCUCAUAACUAAUGGAUCCACCUACCUGGAUCUGCACAUUUUGGACAUUAGCCGGUUCCUGGGCUUGCACAAUAAUCGUAAAUUUCUACGCGAUCGCUGUAAGGAGGCUCCAGGCAAACACUUUGAGAUCAAUUAUCCAUUUGAGGAGUUCCAAACCGGUCGAAAUCUUCGCAUGUCACCCCUUUAUCCGGCGCUUAAGGCCGGUGGCGCCGUUUUUGGACAAUCCAUGGGCUACGAGCGUCCCAAUUACUAUGAUCAGAAUGACAAGAAAGAUGAAUUUGGCCUGCCACGCUUUCGAAUAGCGCAGACUCGUACGUUCGGCAAACCGCCGUGGUUUGAUCAUGUGGCCUCGGAAUAUCGCGCUUGUCGCGAACGCAUUGGAAUCGCCGACUAUAGCUCCUUCACCAAGUACGAUUUUUGGUCCAAGGGCAAUGAAGUGGUCGAUUUGCUGCAAUAUCUUUGCUCGAAUGAUGUCGAUGUGGCCGUUGGUUCGAUCAUCCAUACCGGCAUGCAGAAUCCCAAUGGUGGCUAUGAGAACGAUUGCUCUCUGGCCAGACUCUCGGAGCGUCACUAUAUGAUGAUUGCUCCCACCAUUCAGCAGACACGUUCCAUGUGCUGGAUACGCAAACACAUGCCUGCCCAUCUCAGGGCUAAGGUCAAUGUUGCGGAUGUCACCUCAAUGUACACGGCCAUUUGCAUAUUGGGUCCGUAUUCUCGCAUAUUGCUAUCCGAAUUGACCGACACAGAUCUGACGCCGAAGAACUUUCCCUUCUUUACGUAUAAGGAACUCGAUGUGGGCCUGGCCGAUGGCAUAAGAGUCCUGAAUAUCACCCAUACGGGUGAAUUGGGCUAUGUCCUAUAUAUACCCAAUGACUAUGCCUUGCAUGUCUACACUCGUCUGCAUCAGGCGGGCCAAAAGUUCAAUAUUCAACACGCAGGUUACUAUGCCACUCGUGCCCUUAGGAUUGAAAAGUUUUAUGCCUUUUGGGGACAAGAUCUGGACACAUUUACCACGCCUCUCGAGUGCGGACGCGCCUGGCGUGUCAAGUUGAAUAAACCCAUUGACUUUAUAGGACGCAGUGCCUUGCUCAAGCAGCGGGAGGAGGGCGUGAAACGCAUGUAUGUGCAGUUGUUGCUCAACGACCACGAUCACGAGGUGGAUAUGUGGUGUUGGGGCGGGGAGCCUAUAUAUCGGGAUGGUGUCUAUGUCGGUAUGACCACAACCACCGGCUAUGGCUAUACAUUUGAGAAGCAAGUGUGCCUCGGAUUCGUGCGCAAUUUCGAUGCGGAAGGUCGCGAGCUGCCAGUCACAAAUGACUAUGUUCUCUCUGGCCACUAUGAGGUCGAAGUGGCUGGUGUCCGCUUUGAGGCCAAAGUGAAUUUGCAUUCACCAAACUUGCCAACUAAAUUCCCAGAUAGGGAACGCGAGGCGUAUCAUGCCACCAGGGAUAAACGAGAUCAAGAGGAUUUGUUAUCGUUUAGCUCAAAUUUGAUAACAACUAACAACAACACGGGCAUGACUCGUCAGUGAACUGGCCAACAACGCCAACACAUCAACUUGGCCACUUACAGCCAAGCGAAAAAUGUUUGUUAUAGUAUGUGUUUGUUUAAUUAUUAAUUGCAGUUUCCUUUCAAUUGUUUCUUUUUUGGAUUUGAGUCUCAAAAUGAAAAGCGGAUAUUAUUUUUUUUUUUGUUAUAUAGUUUAUAUAUAUAUAAAAUUCGAAACAACUUUUGUAAUCGUUUGCUCAAUUGUUCGCCGUCUCCCAAUUCCAAUGCCAAUGCCAAUAAUAUUGUAUUUCCUGCAUUGGAAUUCAAUUGGAAUUCCGAGGCGGGCAAAAGCCAUAUCACAUCAAGUGUCCUCGACAACAAUGCGUGCAAUUGAUUAAUGUUCUUUUCGUGUCAAUUAAAAUUGUACACCAAGAUGAAAAUCAAUAAUUUUUAAACUCUAACCAAAUGCCAGAUAUUGCAAGCAAAAACAAAAAAUAUAUAUAAACUUACAUCUGUGAUUUGUCCAGAAACAAAAAAACAAAAAAGAAAGCAAAAUCUGGCAUUCAAUUACUUUAAAGCACAUUGUUAAAAAUGGCACAAACGAACACGAAAACUAAGGUUGAUAUAUUAACAUAUACACAUACAUACAUAUAUGUAUAUUAAUUGCUCAGUUGAUCGUUGGAUCGAUCUAAUGUUGAGCGAAAUAUAUGAGUAAAACGUAAGGGAAACAUAUUUAUAUGCAUUUUUUUAUAUAUACAUAUAUAUAUCUACUAACUUAAAUAUUGUUGCUUUAUACAAUACAUAUUUAUAUUAUAUAUACAAGUCUUACAUUAAAGAACAAUGUAAAAUCGA